AUGUCUGAAACGCUUUUCAAGUCCUUUGCUAUUGUCGGCGCAGGCCCUCACAUCGGAAUUCCUAUCGUGAAUGCAUUCCUGGCCAUUGGCGCUCCAAUUCUCGUCAUUGCUCGGCCGACCUCCACAAACACUUCCGCACUCCCUGAUGAUGAUCCCAACCUGAAGGUUGUGCGCGUAGAUUAUACAUCUGCAUCUGAGAUCUCGGCAAUCCUUCGUGAAAAUAAAGUGGACGUCCUCAUUUCUACUGUUUCAUUUUUUUCCGGAGGCAUAGCCGCCCAAGACGUUCUCGCGGACGCUGCAAAGGAGGCGGGUGUGAAGCUCUUUGUACCCAGUGAAUUCGGCGUAUCACCACCAGUGACUGGUCCGGGUCGUGAAAAACAUGACUUUGCAGUUUAUGCGAAAUCGAUUGGAUUGCCCACUCUUCGUGUCUAUAAUGGAUUAUUCCACGACUUCGUGCCGUGGCUCACUGCAGUCACUGAGACUGGCAAGUUGCAUCUCGUGAGCAAAGGGAAAAUGCCAGGAUCCUUCACUGCGAUAUCCGACGUUGCGGGAUACGUGGCUCACAUUCUUACUACUCAACCGCCAUCUCGUCUACUCGAUGUUGAGGUUCGCAUUGAAGGACAACGCGCAACGCUCGCGGAGAUCAGCGCCCUAUACAAAGGCAGUGUACCUGUGGUGCAUUGUGAUGCUAUUCCUACUGAAGGUGUGCCCCUCGCGGAUGUUCGUACAGCAUUCCAGCAGCGGUUUGAAUUCGGAGGAGUAAGUUCCGGCUGGAACCCUGAGACAGAAUCAGAUGACGCAGAAUUGGCGAGCAAGGACAAUUCGCUGUGGGAGGGGCACCGCUGGUUGACUAUUGGGGAGGUUCUUGGAUUGUAA